AUGAGGUAAACACAAGGAAGUUCAUGUCAUCUAUGAGAUUAUGAUUUGUCGCUAUUGUAGAGCAAAGUAAUUGACUUCGAUAAAUGCAACAUAAAGGAAAUAUACCAAAGCAACGUUUUGAGCUACAGAUUGAUGGGAAUACCUGUUGAUUCAAUGGUAAUCAGACAAUACAUAUUUGGCCUUAUCUGACAUAAUGUCUUCAGUACAUCUUUACAUGUAGGCUACCUAUCUCAUGAAUCUGAAUGAGUCUCUAGUGCUUGCAGUGCGAGGGUCGAUCAUCAUCAUCAUCGUCAUUGGGGUGAUCAUAGAGAUGUCUGAUGAGCGAGGAUGACAAAGUGAUGAUAGUAAGGAUGAUUACGCAGCUUACUCAUUACUGAUUGGCGGAUGGAUCGUCUUGCUACCGGAAGAUCAGGGAGUUGACUACCAUACUUUUUUGGGAAUUUGUCGAAAAAUUACAAUGAGGUGCACGAAAUUUGCAAGGAAGUCCUUCCUGUGUGGCGUUGUGGUGGUAAACAUUCUGAUUCUGUAUUUCAUGUUUCAUCGACAAAAGUCUGACAGUCUUGAGCACCCGAGGAGGGGCUCUCAGGAAAACGUUGCAGUUAAAAACUUAUGUGAGGAGUCUGUUACAUUUGUAAUUUGCGAAUUCGAAGACUUUGGGAACAGUGUGCAAUUGACUGUUGACGUGAUUGUAAAAUUUUUCCCCAAUUGUAAGAUUUUGAUAGUUGCUGAUCAUCUUCCAUAUCCUUCCAUAAAUAUUGAUUCCAAAAAUGUGAAAAUGGUAGUUACUAAAUUAGCUCCUGACAAACCAUUUUCCGCUCUACAGCCUCUCAAUUUCAUUGAUUCAGAAUAUGUGGUGUUUGUCCCUGACGGUACUGUGAUAGACAGUUCACAAACAAUAGCCUCCUUGAUUGUUAUGCUGAAGAGUAAUCAUGCUGUACAAUUGAUAGUAGCAGGAGCUGGCAGUGCUUUGAAAGACUCUGAUUUCUUAGCCAUUGAGCCAAACCUUAGGGAGUGGACUCUGACGUAUUCUAUAUCUUUGAACCCUGGGAGUUGUGACGGGCUCGCAGUGGAUUCUGUUUUAUUGAUACCAAGCAGUAUUAUGAAAAAUCUGUCUGAUCCAUUUGCCAGGCCAUUCGGAGAGGCAUUUUUCAUUCAGAGUGCUCUGCGGAACUGGAAAAUACAGAUUGCUAAAGUUGUAUUUUAUCGUCAUGAAGGAUACCUUGCUGAUGAUCAUAGGAAGUGGAAGCAUAAUAUAUAUGAGAAGGAGAGGUUGCGUAUCCUGUACAAGAGGUUUGGUUUCAAGAAGGUUGUUCGGACCAAUGGCCUUGAGGAGUGGUAUGGAUGUCACAAGGAUACUACUAGAUGUUUUGGUUCGGUGUAUGCCGAUAUGCCAGAGUUCAUCUUUGAAGAGCGCUGGACUCCACCGUGCUGUCUUAGACACCUUCGAGAAACCGCUAAGCACGUGUUCACCAUUUUAGACAAUGCUGGUGUCCGAUAUUGGCUCGAGGGUGGAAGUCUUUUGGGAGCUGCUCGUUCUGGUGAUAUCAUACCGUGGGAUUAUGACAUUGAUAUCGGUAUUUAUCAAGAGGACAUUCCGAAACUACCGCUACUCAAAAACUGUGAACUUCAGUCAAUUGUUGAUGAUGAUGGUUUUGUCUGGGAAAAAUCGAAGCAGCAUGAGGGUGAUUUCUACCGAGUUCAGUUUAGUGAUGCAAAUCAUCUCCAUGUAGACAUUUUUCCGUUUUUUCCCAAGAAUGGAAUAAUGACCAAAAAUACUUGGAUGAAAUCUCAUCAGCAGGACUGUGAAUUCCCAGAAAAGUACUUGAAGCCCCUGACAAAGAUUGCUUUUGUUGGACUGCAGGCAUCUUCCCCAAAUAAUGUCAAGGAUUUUCUCGAGUUGAAAUUUGGUAAGGGUGUGAUUGAGAACCCACAAUAUCCUGACCCAAAACGGAAGAAGUUCUCAGAUGACCAAAAGCCUUAAUCAUGUGAAUCUGUGGCAGAAAAUCUGAAGAGUUCAGUUGCCAAAGCAGGGAAACGCCAUUCCGAAAAAAAUUGAGAUGGCUCUGGUAAAAUUAAGGUGACAGAAACCCGGAUCUAAGUAUCAAUCCAUUUUAUUCCAAACCCGAAAAAUCCUUUUGGAACUCAUGUAUCAAAUUUAUAAAAUGUCACUUUUAACCCUUAGAGAGACAUCAGACAAGUUGCCAUUAUGUUUUACUUGGAAAGAUCUGUUAGUGGAUUAAGUGGUUUUUGCGUCUGAACUCUUCAUGUGGUGAAUCUCAAAAUUCAUGAGACAUGUACGUCUAUAUUUUUAUGUCAGAAAGAACCUUUACAUCAGACAAAUUCUUUUUUACAACUUUUGUACGCAAGGGUUGAAUCGUUUGGGGAGUGGUGUCAUAUAUUUGAGUUUUCCUUCUCUUAGAGUUAGACGGGUAGCUGACCAUGGCUAAGGAAACCAGUCCCCACCAGAUAAAUCAGUGUUGGCAGUAAGUCUUGGUGAAUAGAUUAAAACCUAAAGUAGCUGUAUUAUGGUGUACUAUUGAUUUCUAAUUCAGCCCUAAAUUCCGGCCCAUAUAGUAGUGAUUUGCUCUAGAGUACCAUGAUAUAUGUUUCUUAAUGCAUAUUUAAUGUCCUCUUCAUGUAUUGUAACUAGUUGUUCAUGAAAUGGGAAAAUCUGUAAUCAUGUCUGUACGGUACAUGGAUAGCAAUGUCUUCACUUGUAUCAAACAUAUAAUCUCAGUUUGAUGAUCACAAUCUUUUGUUGCCUGGUCAACCAGCCUCUCUGGUCCCCUAGUCUCAGUUUUGUUGGAGGCUGGGUGACAACAAUUGUCUGCAAAUAGCUCCCCUGAUUACUGGCAAGCUAUUUAUAGAUUGAAUGCGUGUUUGUGGGUGUUAGACAUUGGUGCAAUACUUAUGUGCUCUGCUGUACAAAAUGUUCUUAAGUUUUAGAGGACUUCAUGUUUAACUCAAUGAGAUUAGAGAAUUCAAAAAGAUUUUUAAUGUACCCGGUAGGUGUCUCAGGGACACACAUUUAUAUUAUAGCAUUUAUGUGCAUUUUAUGUCAUGU